CAAUAGCGCCUAUCUCAGGACGACGCGAACGUGGCCCGCGCUCCAGUCUCCGACCUGCUUUCGUUGGUGGCAGUCGCCACCGAUGAGCGCAAAACAUGACCUCCUUGAUACACACGUGAACGGUUCGUAAUAUGUGUAAUCACAUCCCGGAGAUCUCGUUCCUGGACGGCCGUCCGCAUGUCAUUAGGCGUUCAACGACCCGCCGGGCAGCAAGAAGCGUACAUAUACCUCCAAUCUACCAUGUCUAUUCUUCGCUCGACCUCGCGCCUUUCGUUUCGUCAUGGCUCGACUCGCUGCGCUGUUCGCCCUGCUCGCUGGCCUCCCCGCUGCUCUCGCGGUUGCCAACGUCACCGGCAUCUACGGCAUCGUUGAGCGUCGGAUGCCCCAGCAUGCGCGCGACUUCGUGUUCACCUCUAUGGAAGGGGACGGCGACGUCUUCGUUGUCAGCGAUACCGUGAACAAGACAGGCAGUAUCACGGUGACGUGCACCACCACCAGCGCAUGUGCUCGGGGGCUUUACACAUACGCCACCGAAUUCGGUGGUGUCGAUAUAUUCUGGACCGGUUCACGCCUGCAUGAGCUGCCGUCGCCACUUCCCAAGGUUGGCACCCCCAUCAACGGCAGCGCCAUCGUCCAGUACAGGUACCACUUCAACACCGUCACGUUUGGAUACACCACUGCGUUCUGGACCUUUGACAAGUGGUCCUUACUGCUGGACUGGCUUGCAUUGCGUGGCGUCAACAUGCCACUCGCCUGGGACGGCUACGAGGCCAUCCUCACCGAAGUGUUCCAAGAAUUCGGCCUUUCAGACGCAGAAAUCUUCGAGUUCUACACUGCGCCUCCGUUUCAGCCUUGGAACCGCUUCGGGAACGUGCAGACGGCCUGGGGCGGCCUUUUGCCCAUGCAAUGGAUCAGCGACCAGCAGGCCUUGCAGAAGCAGAUCUUACCGCGUAUGCUCGAGCUCGGCAUGACCCCCAUCCUUCCCGCCUUCACCGGUUUCGUCCCGAGCAACAUGUCCGCUCAUUAUCCGAACGCUUCGAUCAUCGACGGCAGCGCCUGGUCAGGCUUCCCCUCCACUCUCACGAACGUCUCCUUCCUUGAGCCUUUCGACCCACUGUAUCCCCAGAUGCAACAGUCUUUCAUCACGAAGCAGCAAGAGGCGUACGGCAACAUCACCCACUUCUAUACUCUCGACCAGUACAACGAGAACAAUCCCUUCAGUGGGAAUGACUCGUACCUCUCCUCCGUGUCUACUAGUACUAUCGCAAGUCUGCGUGCCGCGGAUCCCGAGGCGACUUGGGUUAUGCAAGGCUGGCUAUUCUUCUCGAGCGAAACCUUCUGGACGAAUGACCGUAUCGAGGCGUACCUUGGCGGUGCGCAGGGCAACGACAGCAUGCUCAUCCUUGACCUGUAUUCCGAAGCUCAGCCGCAGUGGAACCGCACCGAUUCCUACUUCGGCAAACAAUGGGUCUGGUGCGAGCUGCACGACUACGGUGGGAACAUGGGCCUGGAGGGCAACCUCGCCGCCAUUACCGAGGGGCCGAUCGCAGCCCUGAACUCGAACGGAAGUUCGAUGGUCGGUAUGGGCCUUACCAUGGAGGGAAUGGAAAUCGGAAACGAGAUAGUCUACGACAUCCUGCUCGACCAAGCGUGGUCGUCAACGCCACUGAACGUCUCGGAUUGGGUCGCGAAGUGGGCUGCACGCCGAUACCUGGUCAAAACGCUGCCUACCGAGCUGCAACAAGCAUGGACUAUCCUCAGCACGACGAUAUACAACAACCAGGAUCCAAACUCGCAGGCUACGAUCAAAAGCAUCCUCGAGUUAGAACCUGCGACUACGGGCCUGGUCAAUGUGACCGGUCAUCAUCCAACCGAGAUCCCGUACGACACCAACACGACAAUCCUGCAUGCUCUCCAGCUAUUCGUCAACGCUUCGAAAUCGCAACCCUCUCUUAAGCAGGUGCCGGAGUUUGCGGUCGACAUUUUGGAAUUGUCCCGCCAGCUGAUGGUGAACCGUUUCAUCGACUUGUACACCGACCUCAUCAACACCUGGAACUCUUCCUCUUCCACCGCUCAAAAUGUCACCACCGCGGGCGUACCGCUACUCAGCCUGAUCAGCGACCUGGACGUGCUCCUGUACACGAACGAGAACUACCUGUUUAGCACAUGGAUCGCAGACGCCAAGCAGUGGGCGCACGGCAACGUCUCCUACGCGGCAUAUCUCGAGUACCAGGCACGCAACCAGCAGACGCUCUGGGGCCCGCAGGGCAACAUCAACGACUACGCUUCGAAGCAGACGGCGGGACUUGUGGGCGAGUACUACGCCACGCGCUGGCAGACGUUCGUCGUGAUGCUGGCCGAACAGAAGACGAGCGGGCAGCCGUACAACGCGACGGAGGUUUCGCAGACGAUGUUGAGUAUCGGGCAAGCGUUUGAUUUGAAGGCUUGGGGCGCCGCAGCCGGGGAGACGUGGGGCACGAAAGGGGACACUUUCCAGGUUGUCGACCGCGUCCUUGAGCGAUGGGCGUAACAAGUAUUGUAUCGUGAUCACUAAAAAUGCUACUGGUUGUGAACGUGUAACUUCGCACCCUUUCAUUGUAUUCUAAGUUGCGAAAGCAACAUUCGAGCUGG